GACUCCGUGGAGCGUUCCGAGCGAUCGUUAACUUUAGUGUGCGCCGACCUGUUUCCGUAGACGGCCACAAAAAACCGUCAAAGACUUAGCCACCAACUCUUUUGGACUUUGAUUUCGAUUCGAAACCGAGAAACGGUCGCUGAAUUAAAUUUCCAAAAAUUCCCAAGUGACUGUCUGCUGCCAGAAAAUAUACACGCAUAUGUAUCAUGUAUUUUAUGUACAUAAGUGCAUCGGCAAGAUCGUGACGUCAGGGCAGCUCAAAAGUGCAAUUCCCCAGCAAAACAAAGCUCAAUUUGCGAUCCGCCGCCCGCUUCAGCCCGUUUUCGUAAUAGCAUCGUGCAAAAAAGCCAGUAAAAAAAGUUGAUAAAAAAGUGAAUCUGCUGUCCCGCUCGGCAUCCCGCUCGCACCCACAGCCAAGCGUACCGCUGCACUCGACGCCGCCGUCGCCGUCGUCGCGCUCUUCAUUGUUUAUGUUUUUUUGUGUUCUUCCCCCCCAGAAGGCGGGGAAGCAAGUCAUAAUAAAGCAAUGGGGCGAAAUUGAGUGAAAAAUAAAUUUCGUUUACGAAAAAUAAUCAAAAAAUAACACGGCGAAUGAGAGGAAAAAAUUCACUGCCAAGCAAAUUUCACGCCGUAUUUAAUCUUUGCUCACCGACCGCCUCCAGCUUAAUCGCUGCUCGUCUUUCUUUCCGCCACGUUCCGAUCGCGAUCGCGAGUGUUCUGUGCCCCGAUUCUGGACAUAUAGCUACGGCUUUAGCCCCAGUAACGGCCACCGAUCUAAUCCGAUCCCGAGUCCCACCCAAUCCCACCUUUGAGUCCGGGCUGCGUGUUCUGCCGCUCGCCGCGUCGCGUUGUUCAGUUCAGAAGAGCACUCGGAACAGAUAUCCUUAAACUUGAAAAAUUCAAAAACCCAAAUCACUUAGUGCUGUGUCCGCCUAUGAAAGUGCUGAGCAAAUCUUAGAAACACCUCGAAAAUCCGUUUGGUUCGCAACCUUCAGCAGACAGCAGACAGGAUCAAACUUAGUUUAAGCAUUUUUAAGGAUUAUAUUAGCACCCUAGGCGGCCGACUCAGUAAGAUGUCCCCACCAUUGGUCCUCCUCACAGCGCUCCUCCUGGCCAGCAGCACAAUAUGCCAGGCCCUGCCAGAUUUGCACAAACAAAUGACGCCGGAGCAGCUGCAGUCAGUCUUCCACGUGGACACCCACGACGCAGUGCCCCACUAUGAGCUCGUGCAGCUCCAGCACCACGAGAACAACCACAACAACAACCGCCGGCGGCGGAGCAUCGGCGAGGGGCCAAAGGUCAACGCCGCCCUGCCGACCCACCACGUGAAAAAGGAUCUCAGCAAGAACGCCUACUACAGCGAACUGAAGCACGACGCCCUGGCCUCGGGCGGCAACCACCUGUUCGCCCCGGAAGUGAGUGCCAUCAAGUCGCACAACGUGUCCUUCAGCGCCUUCGGCCAGCACCUGAACCUCUCCCUCCGCGCCACCCAAGGACUCUUCAAGGGCGCGCCCCACCAGCUGCGCAUGUGGACCGUGGGCAGCGAGCCCAACGCCACCCACGGCCUUGACCUCCAGGAGAUCGUCCACGAGCAGCACAACAGCAACGAUGUGGGCGAAGUUUUCCAGGACGAGAAGAACAUGGCCGCGAUCUUGAUGCGGCGCCACAUGGAAACCGGCGACCUGAUAAUGGAGGGCAGCAUCGGUCACGAUCUGGUGAUCAAGCCCUUGCCACACGAACUGAGUCCCAAUCCGGAGGAGUCGCACCACAUCAUCUACAAGCGGGAGGCAUCCGCAGCAGAAGACCAACUGAGUGACUUUGCCUUCAUGGAACCUGAUGAUCUGCAGGCCAGCGAGAAGCUCGAGAGGCUGCAGCGCCGCCAGCGUCGCAGCAGACGCAGUGCACCCAGCAGUCCCGACUUCGAGGACCUCAACGACGAGGACGAGGGCGCCCUGGACGGAGAGCCCCAAGUGGCCGAGUCCCGCACCAGAUCCCGCCGGCAGGCCCCCUAUAUCAUCUAUCCGGAGGUCUUGGUUAUCGUGGACUACGAUGGAUACCGGCUCCAUGGCGGCGAUAAUCUGCAGGUCAAGCGUUACUUCAUCUCGUUCUGGAACGGAGUCGAUCUGCGCUACCGCCUGCUGAAGGGUCCCAGGAUCCGCAUCAGUAUCGCCGGCAUCAUCAUUUCGAGGGGUCGUGAUGCCACUCCCUAUCUGGAGCGCAACCGAGUGGGUCGGGAUGCCAUUGAUUCGGCCGCUGCUCUCACGGACAUGGGAAAGUAUCUGUUCCGGGAACGACGACUUCCGGUCUACGACAUUGCCGUGGCCAUAACCAAGUAUGAUAUGUGUCGCAGGCGUAAAGGAGGUCGUUGCACCAAGGGCACAGCGGGCUUCGCUUACGUCGGUGGCGCAUGCGUGGUGAACAAGCGACUGGAGAAGGUGAACAGCGUGGCCAUCAUCGAGGACACCGGCGGCUUCAGCGGCAUCAUCGUGGCUGCCCACGAAGUGGGACACCUGUUGGGAGCGGUGCACGACGGCUCGCCACCGCCCAGCUACUUGGGUGGACCGGGCGCCCAGCGGUGCCGCUGGGAGGAUGGCUACAUCAUGUCCGAUCUGCGUCACACGGAGCGGGGCUUCAGAUGGUCCGCCUGCACGGUGCAGAGCUUCCACCACUUCCUCAAUGGAGACACGGCCACCUGCCUGCACAACGCCCCUCAUGAGGACAGCGCUCUGGGUAGAUCGCUGCCAGGAACCCUGCUCUCGCUGGACGCCCAGUGCCGCAGGGAUCGGGGAACCUAUGCCUGUUUCAAGGACGAGCGAGUGUGUGCCCAGCUCUUCUGCUUCGACGCCCAGACGGGAUACUGUGUGGCCUACAGGCCAGCGGCCGAGGGAUCGGCCUGCGGAAAUGGUUAUCAUUGCCUGGAUGGUCGCUGUACACCACUGCCCUCCAACAUCAUUCCCGAUUACGGACACAAUUAUCGUUUAGUCUACAAUGUAACCAGCAGCAGCAGCAGCAGCAGCAACAUCAACAGCAACAACAAUGGGGCAAAGCAACAGCCACUGAGCAACAAGGACGAGAACCAGAGACAGCAGCAGGCGCAGCAGCAACACCAGGAUGGGCUGCCCGAUGAGGAGAACGAGGCGACUGCCGGCAUUCAGAGCAAUGAAGCGAUUGAGCGGCAAAAACGUAAGUUCCCCACAACACCCACAGCAGCAACAAGUGCUGCGCAGAAAUCAGCAACAUCGGCAACAUCGGCAAAACCCACACCAACCACCGCCAAACCGAUAACCACAUCAUCAUUUCUCGAUGCGUACUUUAAAAAACUGCGAGCCUUGCAUGACGGUGGAUCGGCCACCAGCAGCACCGCCACCUCCGUGUCGUCGUCUGUCAGCUCCGCAACAAGCAGCAAGCAGCAGCAGCAGCAGCAGCAGGCGCAGCCGCAGCAAGUGCAGCAACUGGCGCAGCAGCAGCCCGAUGGCAGCCACUUUCUGAAACGUACGCCCCAUCGGAGUAGUCUUAAGGCAUACAAAACUAGUAGUAGCAGUAGUAAUAACAGCAGUAGUCAGCCACAGCAGCAGCAGCAGCAGCAGCAGCAGCAGUAUGCGACAAACUACAUUGGCGACACCACAAACAAUCUGCCAGCGGUGUUGGACAACAGUAGCAGUGCGUCGAGCACCACGGAGACCGCCAAGAAACCCAAAAUCAAGACACAAAAACUCAUACGCCGCACACGAGUCAUGUAAACGCAAACGAUCUGAGGACGUGGCAGACAACCCAUUGAUAGCAAUUAGCAUAAGCUACCACCUACUGCUAGCCAGAAAGAAACACAGAUAACAGAUAACAGGUCACAGAUCACAGAUCCGGUCCAUAAAGCUGCUUGAGAAACCAAACCGAACAUCCGAAAGAACCGAAGGCUCCCCAUCCAACAUCAAAAACAAGACCACACACACUAUACAACGCAACACGCAACACACACAAUGUCAAACCGAUCGAAACCGAUACCGAAACCGAUACCGAUACCGAAAUCGAAAUCGAAACCGUUACCGAUUCGUUAUCCUUGCGUGCGGUAAGCCCAAAACCAAUCCAGCACUCAAGUCGGGUUCUUAACUCCCCCUAGUAGUCUAAUGCUUUGGCCUAGAGUAUAGAGCAUGGAUACGCGAUAGUCAUAGCAGUAUUAUUAUCUACCACGCUGUCUGGCCUCUAAAAAAUGCAUAAUCCUGGUUGUCAAGGUCGACGUAUCGAAGUGCAAGUGCUAAACUCAUGCGUAACGGUCCAUUUAGCUAUAAUAUGGAUUACCCUCGUACUUUAAGCAUUGGUCAUCUGGCAUUGCAUCGAUCAUACUUAAUACCGUAGCACGGAGUCGCCUUGAAAGCAUUCCGAAAAGUAGUUAAUGAAUCUUAUUUUGGCAUGACCCUAAGCGUAACUUAGAAUUUCAUUUCAGACCACCCGAUUCGAAACGAAAUCAUUGUCUCCGAAAGGCGGGUACAGCUCGGUUAGGACAUUCGCAUUCACACAUCCGCAGACCUCAUAAAGCAUGCUUGAAGAAAUCUCUCAUACCACCUAUCUAUCGAUUACGACGAUCGCCGAUUCUUUCCCUAAUUGCGCGGUUUAAUUCUCGCUCUAUUUUUUUUCAAAAC